UCCAGGUGAAGUUCUAUCAUCGACAGGAUCACACAGCAACCAUGAGGUCUCUGGUCUUCGUUCUGCUCAUCGGAGCUGCUUUCGCUACCGAGGAUGACAAGAUUGUCGGAGGGUAUGAGUGCACACCCUACUCCCAGGCCCAUACGGUGUCUCUGAACUCUGGCUACCACUUCUGUGGGGGCUCCCUGGUCAACGAGAACUGGGUUGUGUCUGCUGCUCACUGCUACAAAUCCCGUGUGGAGGUGCGUAUUGGAGAGCACAACAUCAAGGUCACCGAGGGAAACGAGCAGUUCAUCAGCUCCUCCCGCGUUAUCCGCCACCCCAAAUACAGCUCCUACAACAUCGACAAUGACAUCAUGCUGAUCAAGCUGAGCAAGCCCGCCACCCUCAACCAGUACGUGAAGCCCGUGGCUCUGCCCACCAGCUGUGCCCCCGCUGGCACCAUGUGCAAAGUCUCCGGCUGGGGCAACACCAUGAGCUCCACUGCUGACGGUAACAAGCUGCAGUGCCUGGACAUCCCCAUUCUGUCUAAGAGAGACUGUGAUAACUCCUACCCUGGCAUGAUCACUGAGUCCAUGUUCUGCGCUGGAUACCUGGAGGGAGGCAAGGACUCUUGCCAGGGUGACUCUGGUGGCCCCGUCGUGUGCAACGGUGAGCUGCAGGGUGUUGUGUCCUGGGGCUACGGAUGUGCUCAGAAGAACAACCCUGGUGUCUACGCCAAGGUCUGCCUCUUCAACGAAUGGCUGGAGACCACCAUGGCCACCUAUUAAGUCUGAUCCUGCGAUCACCAUACUCACUCCAUCAUUCUAACUUCACUAUUGUCUAGUUUUGAAUAAUUUC